GAUCUUCGUUGGACCUAAUACCGACUACAACCCGGCGCCCUGCAGUUGCUCACGCCAAAACGGUUGUGCUCGGCGGCAAGAACGGAUGGCCUUAUGUCGGGCAAAACCAGUGGUGGACGAAAAGACCAACAAUCAAGCUUGGUGAUACUUUAAUUUUCAGAUCUCUUUUCAUACUGGACCCCCUCCUCUCUCCCCACAUUGCGUCUAUCCUAGGCUCCUAG